GUUUGAUGUUUUGAAUGUUUUGAUCUCAGAUUUGAAAUUGAAAAUGUCAAAAUUAUGGAUUCAGAAGAUGAAAAUACUGAUAGUGUUUUCAAAUUAAUUACUUCUCUUUGUGAAACAUUCCAUAAUAAUCCUGCCGAAAUAAAUAAGUCAAGAUCUAAAUGUUAUGAAAUUUUACUUGGAAAAAGAAUACCCAACCAUCCAAUAAAAUUCAAGGAUUUGGAAGGUACUACAGACCCUUUUUGUAAUUAUUUAUCUUGGCAAUUUGUGCUCACUCAUGAUUAUGACUUGAGAGACCAUGCUGAAAAGUUACAAACAUGUAUAGAGGAUGUACAGGAAUGUUACCAAUCAAACAAUAAGGAUGAUUUCAACAAUAUUCUGAAAUUUCUGUUGAGUUUCCGGAAUAUUCCCACUAAAGAUAAGACUAUACUGGAUCUGUCAUCUCUACCAUCUCUAGAUGAGUAUGAAAACUUCAACAGUCUUUUCCAACUUCCACAGUCUGUUCUGAAGGAGUUUGAUGAUUUUGGUCAUUAUGAUUUGAAUGAAAAACCAAGUACCUCGAAUGCAUUACUUGCAAAAGAUUCAAAAGACUCUCUUCAAACAGAAUUUCCAGGAGAAAAGUUUGAGGUAUUUAACGAUGAAGGUUACUUCUCUCCCUCUAAAACGCCAGAAAUCAACAUAUGGGAAUUGGCAUCCAAGUCAAAAUAUUGUGAUAGAAGAAACUGGGAGAGCUAUGGAUAUCCAGAACCAGAUAAAGAAAGACCAUUUCUUUCUGAACUUGGAGCCCUAUCUUCAUUAUGGGUUGAAAACUUGGAAUCACUGUAUAUGUUCAAGUUAUUCAAAGAUGGGACAGUUUUCAACUCCAGGAUGAGACCAAGGAAAGCUUUUAUCAAAGAUUCUAAAUAUUUAUUAGUUGGAAUGGCAUCAGAAUCAUUCACUUUUGAUGACAAUGGAGAAUUUUAUCUAGUUCCUGGUAUCAGCGUAGAUGGCAUUGCACCAGAUACCCUGAAUAGAUACUGCAGAGACCUCACAUUUAGCGGCACUUGCUACAAAGCAUUGAGCAAAAUGAGUGCUCCAAAUCUUGAUACUGGUAUUAAUAAGUGUCAAGGAUACAUAUUCAAGGAGUUUUGUGAGAGUAUCAGCCGUUACCUGGAAUUCCAUCGAACAGCCGCUUUCAACAUACCCGAUUCCAUUCAUUUCCUUCAGUUCCACGAGAAAACUCGCCAAUUGCAAUGGCAAAUAGCAACUCUUGCUUCCAUAUGCAAAGUCGGUUCCUUUCAUAGAGCCGAAGAUAUCCCUCAUGGUGUGGCUCUCUUGAAUUAUCUUUAUCAGAAAGUUUUGACACUGACGGAUGAGAAAACUAUCAGUGUAUUGUAUUCAAUCCUGUAUCCUUGUUGCCAAAUUUAUUUCAGCCGAUUUUUAAAACAAUGGAUUCUGGAAGGAGUCAUAGAAGAUCCCUAUGGAGAAUUCUUCAUCAAGCCAAACUUGAAGUACAUAAUUUCUAGAGGACGAACAUAUUGGACAAGAAGUUACAGUAUCCGAGAAGAUAUAAUUCCUGAUUUUCUCAUAGACUUAAAGAUGGAUAUAUUAUUCUGUGGCAAGUCAAUGAGCUUACUAAAGUUUUGUGACUAUUCGAAUAACUUACGAAUAUACUUGAUGGGUAAGAAACCAUCAAUCAUUUCAUGUUGUCUAACGUUAGACCAGUUGGCAACACUGCAGCAAAACACCACCAAUUAUUAUUUGGAUGUGUGUGAGGAGUGUGGACCCAGAUUCAAUCUCAGAGAAGUUCUGUUGAAAUCGCAUCAAUAUGAUUCGGCUUUGCUGGGUCUGAUUGCUAAGAAACGGGCAACAACUUUGAAGAAACUUGAAUUGGAGAGACAAAAACGUUCGAUGGAGCAAAAUGAGAAGAAACUUGAGGAAAUAAACUCAUUGAGAGAACAGUAUGAUGCUGCUAUGGAACAAAAACAACUCCGGAUUGCCAGAGAGAUCGAAGAAGACAUGAGACAAGAAGAAGAAAACCUGGCCAUUGAAUUGAAAAGACAGAAACUCAUCCACGAAGAAGCGGAUAAAUUGAUAGAUUACUAUUCAAAAUUAUGCAAAACUGCAGAUAACAAGAAAUCCGAAAUAGAUAUCUAUGUGAAAAAAAUUCAAAGCAUCCACAUAGAACCAAAUAUCUUGACAACAAUCGAAGAAAAGUCCAAAUCGUUUGAAAAUCUGGCAGAAACCAGUUCUGCUGAUAGUUUCUACUCAAUACCAGAACAUACAGAAAAAGAAGCAAACACAAAUGAAGCUAAAGUAGAAAAAAUGGAAAUAGAAGUGGAACAUCAUCUAACGAAUAUGAACUCCUCAGAAUCUCUGGACAUCAUCAACGCCAACAUUGGUGAUGGAAAUCAAAACGAAUCUACGGACAAAAACGCCAACUCGAAUAUCCAACAAGCAAAAGAAAACUUCGCGACAGCCAGAAGAAUCAAACACAAAGUGAUGACCCAAGAAAUGGGAAUCGACUAUGGCGAAAAUCCCAUGACAAAGACAGCUGACGUUCCUCGUACGACAUACCUUACAGAUGCGCAGAAGAACAAACUGAAAAUUCUAUCCACCGAGUUUGGUAUCGAGCUCGCUCCUGAAUUGAGCAUGCCUGAGAGAGUUCAAAGUGCUCAGAUGGUGAACAGGAAUAGGGUUAUGGGCAUCAGCGAUUGCUUCGCUCAUAAGGUGUUGGAUAACGAGAACUUCGUCAAUAAGAAUUUGAGGAACAUUGAAGAAAAUUCCAAUGGAACUGGUGCCGUGAAGAAAUCUAAAUCCUUGUUACUCGAUUUAGAUAGGGUAAGUUUGAAAUCAGCCAGAUCCGAUACAGAUCGCCCCAUCCCCAUGUCGGUAGACUCUACCCCCAUGAGCGAUCUCCCCCACAGCGGAGCUACCACCCCUAGUACCAUGUUCCUCAGCAUCGACACCAACCACCUCGAAAGCAUCCCCAAUACCGCAGAAACUCACCAGACGGAUGAAGGGUUUCAUUUCGAGCAGCAGAAAGAGCUUCCCGUCGUUCAGAUUUAUUCCAGUCAGAAACAAUCGGAGGAGAAGCCUCAGGAAAAGGUUUUUUCCAAACGGGUGACUCGAAAGCAAGCUGCGGGGGUUACCACUAACUGUUUGAAAUUGUUUUUGCAUGAGUCCAUGCAGAUACCGUUAGUGGCUCAGAUAAAAUUGAUCAACAACGAAUUACUAAGGUACUUUAUAGAAGACCUCGGCUACCUGACGCACCUGCACAGCCUGCGGGACUACUUCUUCCUCCAAGACGGCGAAUUCGCCAGAAACAUAACGGACAAUCUCUUCCACAAGCUGUACGAAUCGGCCGCUCCCUCCGAGCUCAUAAACUGCCGCAUCCUGCAGGAUCUGAUGUUCGGCGCCAUGGACAUGUCUUGCAGGAACCAGAGCAACACGCACUUCCUGUCCUUCCGCAUCAACAGCUUGCCGAGCUGCUUCGACCUGGGCGACCCUAGUGUGCUGGACUGUCUGUCGCUAACCUACAGGGUGCAGUGGCCGCUUAACGUCCUGCUGCCGACGGACACGGUCGGCAAGUACGACGAGGUGUUCAAGUUCCUACUCAAGCUGAACCGGCUGUCGUGGGUGUUGAAGAAGACGUUCUUGGAGUUGAAGGCAUUAGCCAAGGAAACAGGCAAAAAAGAAAUUUACCUAAUGUCAUCUCCGCAAUACAGAAGGUUACAUCAGUGCCGGCACAUCAUGACACACUUCGUACAGACCUUGCGAAAUUACGUGGUCGGAGAAGUUUUGCAGUCCAGUUGGACUCUGUUUGAGAAAAAUUUGGAGAACGUCAACAAUUUAGAUGAGCUGUAUGCUGCUCACACUGCUUAUAUCAAAAAUAUACUCUUCAUGUGUUUAUUGAAUCAAAAAUCCUUAGUUCUGAGAAGCGUUCUCCACAAAACUUUCAUUGUGAUACUGAAGUUCUUCGACUAUCUGCGAUCUCGGAGCUGGACUUGCGAAGACGGUGAAUACGUCCAUCCUAAUUUCGAUAAAUUGGAGAGCAUCUUCAAAAAUUUUCAAGAAUUCGUUACGUUCUUUUUCAAAACCGCGAGGAAGAUCAGUCGGUCUGGGUAUCAACCUCAUUUGAUUCAGUUGUUGGAGAUGCUGGACAUGAACGGAUAUGUUUCCAAAUUUGUCGUUUAAUUUUUUGUUGUUGAAGUUUUGGGUCUCGAUCUCUUUGAUUAAACUUGUAUCGUUUUCCACUCGAUUUUACAGUGCACACUGAGU